AGGGGCGUGGCGCCAGACCAAGACAGUGUUCAGGAUAGUGGGACCACGGUGCCUUGUAAUGCCAUGACCCUGAAGAGGUGUGUGGACUUAGAGCUUAGAGCCCGUCAGGCGCAGCACUCUCUCUGCAUACACCCCAGAAAGUAUGGAGGGUCUCGGAGACAUCCCACAUCAGUAAAAUGAAGGGGAUUGACAGCCUGGUAGCCAACACUGUCUACCUCAAAGCUCAGAACUUAUGCUAUGCAGACCUAAGAGACCAGAGGCUCGCCCUGUUCUUGCCCAAGCCCCUGAGGCUACCUUCAGGGAGUCGACCUCCCUACGAUUACCUGUGCGAGCAGCAGCCUAUCGGGAAGAAGCUCUUCCACCUAUUCCUUGCGGCUUCCGACGGGCAGUAUGUGGCAGCGGCUGAGUUCCUGGAGGAGUUGGACCAGUGGGCCCUGGCAGAGGAUGAAGCCAGAGACAAGGCCAUGCAGAGCAUCAUCACCAGGUUCUGUCAACAGGACUCCGAGAGCUUUCUGUCCUACCUCACGGGCGACACAGCGCUACGAUGCCAGUCCGUGUCAGAGAAGGACUUUGAGGAGGUGAUGGCCGGCAAGGUGAAGGACGCCACCAGAACGUUCCUCAAAGGAAAACCUUUCUUUGAAUACCAGAGAAGCCCAUUCUUUCAGAAGUACUUGCAGUGGAAGGAAUUUGAGAAGCAGAAGAUCUCCGACAAAUACUUUUAUGAGUUCCGGACGUUAGGUCAAGGUGGUUUUGGCGAGGUCUGCGCAUUGCAGGUAAAGAACACAGGCAAGAUGUAUGCCUGCAAGAGGCUGUGCAAGAGACGUCUGAAGAAGAGAGGCUGCAAGAAGCUGGCCCUUUUGGAGAAGCAGAUCCUGGAGAAGGUCAACUGCCUCUUCAUAGUCAGCCUUGCGUACGCCUACGAGAACAAGACCCACCUAUGCCUGGUCAUGACCCUUAUGAACGGGGGAGACCUUAACUUCCACAUCUACUCCCUGGGAGAGCGGGGUUUGAGCAUGGAGCGUGUUGUGUACUACACCGCCCAGAUCACCAGCGGGAUCCUCCACCUGCACUCCAUGAGUAUCGUGUACAGGGAUAUGAAGCCCGAGAACGUGCUGCUAGAUAGCCAUGGGCAGUGCCGGCUCUCAGACCUCGGACUGGCCGUGGAACUCCCUGGAAGCAAGCAGCUCUGCCAGAGGGCUGGUACCAACGGCUACAUGCCCCCAGAGAUGCUGAGGCAGGAGUUCUACGACACAUGUGUGGACUGGUGGUCUCUCGGCUGCAGCAUUUAUGAGAUGGUGGCGGCCAGACUGCCAUUCAAGGACUUCAAAGAGAAGAUCCAGAAGGAGGAGCUGGUACGGCGCACACUAGAGGACGAGUGCAGGUUUCACCACAAACGCUUUGAUGAUCCCACCAAAGAACUCAUUGGCCAUUUCCUCAAGAAGAGGGUUGAGCAACGGCUUGGGUGCCAUGGCGAAGACCCACGGAAACAUAGAUUCUUCAAGAAUAUCAACCUUCCUCGUCUCGAGGCUGGCCUGCUGGACCCCCCAUGGGUGCCUAAGACCAGUGUCGUCUAUGCCAAGGAUAUAGAGAAGUUUGAUGACUUCUCCAAUGUGGACGAAGUGGAGUUUGACGAGAAAGAUGAAAAGUUUUUCAUGGAAUUAAGCACAGGUGCCGUUUCCAUUCCUUGGCAGAAAGAAGUGAUUGAGAGCGGACUGUUUGAUGAUCUGAACAAGCCCAACAGCGAGGCAACGAAUGGAGACGAGUGGAAAUCAAAAUCAUGUGUUCUUUUAUGAUGUCGUUUCAUAUUUCACUAACAAAGACUGUGGCAAAAUCGGGUUUUUCAUCAAAUUUGAUGUUAUUUCAGUUUAUAUCAUACCAAGUGCCUGGCAAUUAUUAAAAAUACCUCAAUUAGUUUAGCAGUCGCUAACCUUGGGUAAACUUGAAUUGAUUUACAAUUCUCAUUUUAUAACGGUACAACAAUUUUAUAACUACUUCCAUGGACUACCUCAGUUUUGCUUUAAUCUCUUUCAUUGCAAUGGUUUUUCAUACAUGGAAAGUGGGCAGAAAUGAUUUCGGGCAAUAUAAUAUUGGCCAAAGGCCACAAAACCUUUGGGCCACCUCUAGUUAGCAAUGCUAUGUUUAUGUUCUGUCUUGCUUUUCCUUGUAUUUCUGUCAGUGACUAACCCCCAACAUUUAAUACAAUUUAUAAAACUGUUAAUAUGGACACAAGGGUCUAAACUAAACUGUGAUUACAGCUUUCCUCUGUUUCUUUCCAGCCCCUGUGAGACAUCAUACCCCUGUGGAUGCAUAGUUUCCAUUACAUCAUUCAGCCAUUCAGGUACAUCUAAGCGUUUGCAUGUGUUUGUAAACAAGGUAGCCUAAUUAGUUGCCAGUAAGAGAGCGACGAGGACAGUCAGCUUUCUGCAGUAAGUAACGCACAACUUUUGCAGUACCGCACAAAUUGUAUGAAUGUUUUUGCGUAUGGGACAGGUUAUGCUAGUUAAAACAGUAAAAGCCAAGUAAAGAUUAUUUAUAGAAAAGCCCUCGUGUGUAGAUAUCCACCAGACACUAGAUGUCACUAAAUGUCAAAAGAUUGCCUUCAAGCGUUAAACAUCCUGCCAGAAACAGGCAGCUAUGCCGCAAAGUAAACACGUGCUGGGAGUGUUGAAUCCACUUGAGAAGUGCAUGGUGGCACAUAUUGCCAACACACAUCGUUUUAUCAAAUGACAUGUCAUUAUUAAUGCUAACAUCUAUGGCUCUUCCCAACGGCAACCGAGGCUUUUGAUCAAAUUUACUUGAUUUGUAAUGCUUUUUUUUAUAAAGGAUUUGGUUUCGGCA